AGAAGGCGCGCUGACCGCCGCACGUGACGCACCGUUUACUCUGUUCUGCACGCCGCGUCGACGCUGCUAUGUGCGCCCGCUGCUGCUAGAGAGACGAAGAUGCCGCCGUUUCCGGACAAAGGGCGCGCCGCCGCCCCCGCCGCCGCCAGGGCGGCGAGGGCGGCGGCGGCUGCGGCUGCCGCUGAGCAGGGAGAGGCCAGCUCGCCGCUGCUGCAGUCCACCUCCUGCAGAGCCGAGUACAGUUCGCUGUUCCCGCCGUGGAGCGCCGAGAUGCUGCCCACGGCACCUCCGCCACCGGCGCCGGGCCCUGCGGACGGGGCCGUCGACGCCGCGCGCCACGAGGUGGUGUCGCUGCUGGGCGGCGGCCUCGGCCACGAGCAGGUGAUCUCGGCCGUGGAGGUGUCCUCCCUGCACGCCAGCGGCGCCGACGCCGAGUCGCAGCCGCUGCUGCUGCGCGACCCGCCGCCCUCGUAUGCCGCCGCCCACGGCCUGCCGCUCGCCACGCUGGCGCCGCCCACCGGCCUGGCGGCCGCCGUGCCGCCCCUGGGACCGCCCGCGCCGCCCACCCCGACGAGGACACCGACGUCGCGCGUCAACGGCAACAAGUGGCAGCCCAUGCUGCCCGCUAAGGACCGCCCACAGAAGACGAACUGGUGCGGCAUCUUGCUGGCCUUCAUGUCCGGCGCGUGCUUCACGCUGAGCUCUGCGGCGGUGAAGGCGCUGCGCACCAUCGACCCCAUGGAGCUGCUGGUGAUCCGGUCGCUGCUGCAGGUGCUGGCGAUGCUGCCGCUGGUUAUCUGGGGCCGGGGACAGGGGCAGCUGCUGGGGCCGCCCGGCUACCGCCUGCUGCUGCAGCUGCAGGGAUUUGUUGGUGGAAUGACUCUUGUUCUGCUGUUCUUCUCCUUCCGGAGACUGCCUUUAGGAGAUGCAACAACAAUUAUCUUCAGCUCACCUGUUUUAGUCAUGGUACUGUCAUUCAUUUUUCUGAGGGAGCCAUGUGGAUUCUUCCGUACUUUCAUAGUUUUCCUGCUUGUUACUGGUGUUGUGCUGAUAGCAAAGCCACCAUUCAUUUUCAAGAGUGGGCCAGCUGUCUACGAUGUAAUAGGUUACACAUGUGCAAUUUUUGCAACUAUCUUUACAGCACUGAAUAUUGUUGUAAUGCGUAAAUGCAAAGAUGUUCACUUCUCAGUUGUGGUGCUGCAGUUAUCAAUAUGGUCACUUAUCAUGUCAGCAGGAACGUUGCUGACACUGGGGCACCGCCAUGACAUUGGUGUAUUAAUUCACAGGACAUGGUAUGAAUGGCUCUUGGCAGUGGCAGUGAGUGUUCUGGGACUCACUGGGCAAGUCCUUGUGGCAAAAGCCCUGAACUUGGAGGGUGCAGGAAAAGUAUCUGUUACCCGUUCUCUUGACAUUGUCUUGGCUUUUAUCCUCCAGGUUUUUGCCUUUGGUGAUUAUCCUGACUGGGAGAGCAUUCUGGGGGCUUUGAUGGUGCUAGUUUGUGUUGUUGGGAUAGGUCUGGAGGAACAUGUAUACUACAUUGCUGGCAUACUGCCAUAAUGAAGGCAAUGGCACUGCUUGUAUUUUGACAUUACUAUGUACUGCCAUCAAGACUGUCAAUGGAAUCAUGCAGAAAUACUUGCUCAUAUAUAUAUAUAUAUAUAUAUAUAUAUAUAUAUAUAUAUAUAUAUAUAUAUAUAUAUAUAUAUAUAUCCAAAGUAUUAAUGAGAAUAAGGCAGCCUCACCUGAAAUGACAACAUGUUUUAGGAAUUACAGAAAUAAAACUUGAAAUGAUUUUCAUAUAAAUAAACGAAUCAGCUCACGUUGUGUUGUAAUGAACAGCUCAUUGUAAUGGACAAAACUGUUAGCAUAAAUAAUUUUCUGCUAAUUUUGGCCAAGCAGAGACCACUAUAACUACCAAGCCAUUAAAGCGCACAUGCCUAAACAUCAUAGAAUUUAUAUACCACAAUAAUGAACAAUUAAAUUGAUGUUUUAGUUCUUUAGUUAUUAUCUUCUGUGGCUCACACAAAUUCAUACUAAAACUUUUUUUUUGUUAAUGAACAAUGUUCUCAAAAAUGGGCUUGUAAUAUACCAUACAAAGUUAUCGUAGCCAUACACAAGCAUGGUGUAUGCUGAAGUGAUAUAAAUGCAAUUCCACUGUUGAUGGUGUUAAGGAUGUUUCAGACAUUUUAGUAAUCAAUAAAAUGCUCUGUAACAUAUUGAAAUGCUCUGGUAGCUUGUAUUGGUGAGAAAAAUGCAAUUGAAUAAUAUUAAAAUGAUCUAGCAUCCUUUUUUCCCCUUGAGCCAUUGGAACAAUAAAAAUUGAGUUCAACUUAUUCAGAUCACAGAAUCUAUGAUAAGCUUGUUGAAAGUCAAAUCAAGAAAUUCCCUCAUCACAAUAAAUAAAUAAAAUAAAAGUUAUUUAUAAUUGCCAUUUUUCAUUCUAAGAAAGUUUUGUUUAUAUCAAUGACUACAAUACACAAUAAACAAUAUACAGAGGAAAUAUAAUGAUGCCAUGGUCUCAUAUUAUUAAAACAAUUGUUUAUUAUUGUUCAGCUCUUAAACUGUUGCCAUUAGUUUUACAGGUAAUAGGUAAUAGUAUUUUAGGUGUCCAUUUUUUAAACUUGAGAGCAGAUGAGUUGUAUGCCUUGCCCAUUUCGACCACUCUUUCUUUCAUUUAUGUAGUGCAGGAUAUGAAGCUUGAUUCUGAAUGAAAACAGUGUUAAUAGCUGUUUGUAAUCUGCAUGAGUAUAAACUGAAAGUCAAAGAGGCAGUAAGGACUGAGAAGGUAAAGAAUCACUGCCAUUAAAUGUCUUUCUUCUAAUGUACCUGAUAUCUGAACAAAGAACUGUGAAAUGUUUUUGAUAUGAUUAAAGUAUGGUAGAGAUAUUGGAACCACAUAUGACUCUAAAGUACUUUGAACAUACUGUCUCAAACAUUUUUGAUGUUUUACUCAAGCAGAUUUCAGUGCUGUGAAUUCUUUAACUGCUUAACUUCACAUUUAAUUGUGUAUGUAGCAGUUUUUUCAAGACAUUGACCCUAAACUACUUUCUUGAUAAUCAAACAUGGACAUAAGUAGUGAGUUUUAAAAUCAUACAUACCAAAAAUGACUACAAAAUAAAAAUAUGCUUCCAUUUAGGCUUGUAAAAGUAUCUAGCUUUGGGAAUGAUUGUAUAGCUUUUUUUCUUACAUGACACAAACAUCAACCUAGUGAUGAGGAACCCAGGAUGGCCAAUAAAUACCUACAUGAGUGUGAAUCACUGCUCACCAAGUAGAGAAGGCAUUGAGUGGCAGAAUGGCAAAUGCAAAAGAGAAAUUAAUAAAUGAACAUCUAAAGACUUUUUUACAUACACACAGAUCCUCCAUUACACACACGCGUGCGCACGCGCGUACACACACACACACACACACACACACACACACACACACACACACACACACACACACACAGCUCCUUCCAUCAGUCAUCCUUCUCGCAUUGCAUUCUGACUGAACCAGUAGAAUUCAUGGAUUGCGUAUGUGUCUUUGAGCUUUGUGUGCAUUUUUAAAGUUCAUAAUAACAAAUUUUGUAGUUCAGCAUUUAAUCAGCCUUUUCUGCUAAAUGCCUCCUCUAUUCAAUUAGUAGUCAUAUACCCUCAUGCAGAUGAUCAUUAAAAAUAUAUAUGCACUUUUGCAACAAUGUACUUUUUAUUGACAUCUAUCCAAGAACAUAAAGGCCAAGCCCUGAUAUUUUAUGGCCUCUUUCAUGUAUUUGUAAAUAAAUAAAAUCAAUUAGACAGAACCUCAACGGGUACAUCACAACAGAAUAGAUUAUACCCAUAUAAUAUUCCAUAGCCUGAUGCCAUAGAAAUGUUGCCAGCAAAAUAAGUUUAAUGCUUGAAAGCAUACAUAAUUUGUAAAUCUUUGCGUUUUGUACUUACAGUGUUUCUCUGACUGAUGGAUCAGAUUACAGAAUAGAUUAUACAUGUAAGUUUAUAAGCAGAUUUUAUAUUUAAGAAAAGAUUUUUAUUUUUCAAAUGUUUAUGUGUACUGAUAGAGCAGCAACAAGAAUAGACAGGAUUCCUCCAUAAGAAUUCUUGCAGCAUACUUGUAGCCUUUAAGAGAUUUGAAGUUUCAACAUAAAAAUAUUUUUAUUCAUAUGACUUACUCAUAAUGAAAGACCAGAAACUUAUGUUGAUCUGUAUAUGAAUAUUAAAAGAAAGAUGUUUACAGGAAGAUGGAUACUGAAAUUUAUAUGUAAAUGAUUUUCAUGUUCAAUGGAAAUAUUUUUUGAGGCACAACACAAAGUCUCUUAAAUUGUAAAACCUUAAUGUUUGUGGUUUUGUUCAAUAACUCUUCUGUAUGUGCAAGUAUAAGUUUAUAUAAUAAAGAAAAAAAAUAUGUUUUUA